AUGAUGUCGAUCCCGACCAACAAUCUUAAAUUAGCUGUAGAAAUGGCGACAAGAGUAGAAUCCGCUCUAGCGAAACGAGUUGGUGAUCAACCGGAGACUCAGUGUACGACACCCCCUCAAGCAACGCCACAGUUAAAAACACAAUUUGAGAUUAACGAUUUGGCUGACACAGAUCGUAUAUUACUUACUAGCAAAUCUAUUCAGAAUGAUAUUGAAGAAUUUUCUGGUACAGUUAUUGUUACCCGAGGACGGUACUUAACUCCCAAAGAAAAAAAUCAAGCAUCAUCUGAGCGAUCAUUACAUUUACUUAUUAAAGGGCCAAAAAAACAAAAUUUAGACCUUGCUAUUCAAAAAAUUCAAUCUCUUAUUCAACGAGACAAAGAUAUGUCUAAACAUCCAAAUUUAACAUCAGGUCCUUUAAUCAAUGGCGCUGGUAUUGAAAAAGUCUUAAUUGGCCUAGAUCAUGCACCUCCUGCUUUCGACCUAAGAAACAAAAUUUUGGGCUUAAAUGGAGCCAAUCUUCAUUAUAUAAUGAAUGAAACUGGAGCUGUAGUAACUAUGCGAGGGCGAGGUUCAGGAUUUAUUGAAGCGAACGGACAGGAAUCAGUUGAACCUUUACAUCUUUGUGUCGAGCAUGCUAAAAAUGAAGUGCUGCAAAAUGGCAGACAAUUGGCUUUUAAUCUUAUUGAAACUAUUCAAAAUGAAUAUAGUGCUACUUAUGCUUCUAAUCAUGUUGCACCACCACCUAAUGUUGCACAUCAACCAACUAAUGUACAUAUCCAACAACCUCAAGUAAUUCAUCAAACUAUUCAAACUAACAAUGGCCAACUACAACAGUUAAAUCCAGGCCAAUAUCAAACUCUUCAGGUUGCUACACAGUCUGGAAUGAUGACAUUACAAGAUGGUUCACAGGUAGUUCAGACAUCUGUUGCUAAUGUUCAAAUGCCAUUAUUUACACAACAAGCCAUCCCUCAAUUAAUGGCUGUUCCUCCGCCCGUAAUGGGAGGUCAACAACAACAACAACAGUCUGCACAAAAUACUCCAGGACCAACCCACAUCGCUUCUUUGGGUCAACAUCAAGCAUCAAUCAUGCCUCAAUUACAAACACAAGUAGUCAAUCAGCAACAACAGCACCAACUUCCUUUGUCUGUAACACCAGUUAGUUAUUCAGCAAUUCAACCUCAACAACAAAUUCAGCAACAAACAAUACAAACUAAAAGUUUAGAAAAUAUUCAACAUACACCAUCUGUAACUCAUACUACUCCUACUUCACUAGCUAAUGGUGUUAUUCCACAUACUCAGGCAUUUAUGACUCAAGCUUCACUUCCUAUUCAAUACAUUCAAACUUCUAAUGGUCAAAUUAUUGCAUAUCAACCCCAAGUACAAUCAAAUGCAUUCCAAAUGGCCCAAACUCCUAAUGUUGGUCAAGUUGCCCAGUUAAGCCAACCUGCCAAUAAUGGAUUAAUCGGUACUACAUAUAUACUGGGUAAUCAAAUGGCACAAUAUCAGCAGCCAUCUGGUCAACCAGGUCAAGUUAUGAUUGUACAGUAUCAACAACCACCACCAGCUGAAAUCCAGCAACCUGCUAUGCAAACUAUUCAUUUGCAGCAAACACAGUCUGGUCAGUUAAUUCCAGCAAAUAUUCCUAAUGGACAGUUGAUUGUGCAACAAACCCCAGGGCAACCUGCUCAAAUACAAAUGAUGAUGCCUCAGUUAAAUCAGUUCCAAAACCUUCAACCACAAAUCAUACAGAACUUACCUGGUUUAUUACAGUCUCAAGUUAGUCAGGCAUCUACUCAACAAUUAUUACUUCAACAGCAAAGUAAAGCUUUUACUCAACAGACCAGUGCACCUGCUGGAAAUCAGUUAAUGUCACUACCAAUAUCUCAUCAGAUUUUACAAUCUCAAGGCAAUGGUAUUGUUACAAUGACACUUCCACAACAACAGCAACAACAACAGCAACCAUCAAAACCACAACAUCAAUUGAUUCAGGCUCAAAUGUCUGAUAAACAACAAGUCAUAUAUAAACAAGAUGACAAUCAUCAACCAAUUAUGAUACAGCAGGGACAACAACAGUCCAUCCAAUAUUUUCAACAAAGCAACUUGAGUAAUCAAUUUCAAUAUCAACCUCUAAAACGUUCAUAUGAAAUGGUUGUAUCAGAAGGUGGAGGAAUAACUGGAGCUAAAAUUAUACGAACAGGACCAUCUCCAGUCACUGGUAAUGAUGGUAACGAGGACAACCAAGUACGCCAACUGACUAUUAAUGGUAUGGUAGCAACUUCAAAUACUGGAAGACGUACACCACAAGCUAAUUUUCAACAUCAAUUGGCAACAAGUGUCUCAAAUAUUUCAGGUGAUCAACGUUCUAAAGAAUGCUCUAACAUGAGUAACAAAGAUGACAUUAAUAAACAAGUUGAUCGAAAUAAGCAACAGCGAUAUCAAUUUUAUCCAGGUCGUGGAUAUGAACCAGACCAACGAUCAGGUACUCCAGUAUCAGAAUCAAAUCGAACCCAGUCAGUUACAUUUACAGUGUUGCCUGAUCCCAUGAGAAAUCAGACAUUUACUCCAGCUCAAGCAGCAGAUUUACAACACCAACAGCAGCAGCAACACCAGCAGCAGCAGCAACACCAGCAGCAGCAGCAGCAACAGCAGCAGCAACAGCAACAGCAACAACAGCAACAACAACAGCAACAACAGCAGCAGCAACAACAACAACAACAACAACCUCAAGCAACAAUUACGUAUCAAACCCAGCAACAAAUACCAUCAUAUUGGAUUCAGCAGGGUAAUUCCACUCAGGAAGGAACAAUUACUGGUACAUCUCCUCCAAAAGAAGGGACUCUGCAUUAUGUAGAUUAAUUUAUACAAAACCAUGUGUUUAUAUUAUAUGGUUAUUUGAGAUUAUUUAUUUAUUUUUUUUUUUUAUACCU